AUGGAGAAGUGCACGAAAUCACCACCUACCAUGCAGGUAGAGCCUUCCUUUCUUCAGGCAGAGAAUCUGAUUCUGCGGCCUCAAAUGCAGCAUCCAACCACGGAGAACACUGCUAAAAGGGGCCAAGUCAUGCCUGCCCUGGCCACCACAGUGAUGCCUGUACCAUACUCACUUGAGCAUCUCACCCAGUUUCAUGGUGACCCUGCCAAUUGCUCAGAGUUCCUCACUCAGGUGACUACCUACUUGACAGCUCUCCAGAUCUCUAAUCCUGCAAAUGAUGCCCAGAUCAAACUCUUUUUUGAUUACCUAUCUCAGCAGUUAGAAAGUUGUGGGAACAUAUCUGGGCCUGACAAGAGUACUUUACUGAAGCAAUAUGAGAAUUUUAUUCUUGAGUUCCAGCAGUCAUUUGGUAAACCCACAAAACAGGAAAUGAACCCUCUGAUGAAUGCUAAGUUUGACAAAGGGGACAACUCCUCUCAACAGGACCCUACUACUUUCCAUCUCCUUGCUCAAAAUCUGAUUUGUAGAAACCAAAGUGGUCAGUUCGAAAAGGCACUAACUGAUCCCAACCAGGAUGAAGAGAGUGUCACUGAUAUGAUGGACAAUCUUCCAGACCUGAUCACUCAGUGCAUUCAGUUGGACAAGAAACAUAGUGACAGGCCAGAGCUCCUACAGUCAGAGACCCAGCUCCCAUUGUUGGCUUCCUUGAUCCAACACCAAGCCUUCUUUAGCCCUACAGAUCCACCACCCAAGAAAGGGCCUAUACAGCUGCGAGAAGGCCAGCUGCCUCUCACCCCAGCCAAACGAGCCCACCAGCUAGAAACUCAUUUGUGCCUCUACUGCAGCCAAUGUGGUCACUUCACAAGAGAUUGCCUUGCCAAACGUUCUUGAGCUCCAGCAACGACAAAUAACACAGCUCACCAGUAA